AUGGAUCUGAGGGGCGUGAUCAGUCUGAUGGAUCUGAGGGGCGUGAUCAGUCUGAUGGAUCUGAGGGGCGUGAUCAGUCUGAUGGAUCUGAGGGGCGUGAUCCGUCUGAUGGAUCUGAGGGGCGUGAUCAGUCUGAUGGAUCUGAGGGGCGUGAUCAGUCUGAUGGAUCUGAGGGGGCGUGGACUGCGCUGCCAACAAAGGAAGCUGCUGCAGGUGUAA